AUGGAAACAGAUGUGUCAUCUACACUCAGCGUGACUUCCAUCCUCUGAGCAAGCAAGAGAAUCACCAAACUGCCCUUUAGUCAAGUUCAAGAAUUGAUCAUCAAAUCCCUCCCCAUUUGACUUGAAAAAGAACGUCACCCAUACUCCUCUAUUUCCCAGCGUAGUCCUGAUGGCUCCUUGUUCUCCAGUCCCUGAAGAAGCAAUAAACUGGGGCAGGUGAGUUCAAAAGGUAGACAGGAUUAGGAAGCAGAGGUGGGUGAGGGGUGAGGGGGGCUGAAAGAGGUCACAGCAAGGAAGAGAUGCAAGGGAAGGCAAAAGGACUCUUGAGAAUGGGCUGUCUCUUGUAUCUACCAUCUUGGUACAGCCCUCUCCUUAAGAUUAAGAUGAUGGUCCUCAUGGUUCUGAAUAACCUUUAACCCUCCUGCAUUAUAUGGACUCGUGAGAAUUUCUAGGGCAGAACUGGAUUGCAGGAGCCUAAUAGACUUGGGUGGAGCCUGUUUUUUGCCCUUUGAAUCAAGCGCCUUCUGAUGAUGUGUCCAUAGCUGGAGUGUUUCCUGUUGCGACCACAGGCCGCCCUUACGCCCCCCGCACUUGCUGUGUCUGGCAGCGUUUCUCUCCCAGCCCAGAACACCUCCACUGUGAGCCCUGAGCCACAGCCAGAAGACAAUGACAACAAGGCUUCUUUCAUCUUUUGUGAACAGGUGGUAGCUGUGGGGAUGAGCGGACGGCCACCCCUGGCCGAGAAAGCUUUGUCUGAGACUUAUGCUCGUCUCCGGUACAGGGAUGCCUCUUUGCUGAUCUGGCAGCAGCAGCAGCAGAAACUCGAGUCUCUGCCACCAGGAACGUACCUGAACAGGAGCCACAGCAUGUGGUACUCACAGUAUGGCAACCAGGCGAUCUUGGUGCGGGAUAAGAACAAAGCGGACAUCCCCAGGGAUACUGGACAAUCCAGGUUUUGCAGCGUGAUGUGA